AUGCCAGUUGCCACACCUCAGCUCGGAUCUUUUCAAUAUGUCCCCGAGACGAAGGAAAACUUGGAUUGGGCAGAGCUUGUCACUGUCGACUUGAGCUUGUAUAACACUCCCGAGGGCCGCGCGGAGCUUGCGAAGACCCUCAUUGACGCUAUACGCGAGAAGGGGUUCUUCUAUGUCAAGAACUUCGGGAUCUCUCAAGAGCGCGUGAACAGGCAGUUUGCACUUGGCAAACGCUUUUAUGAGCUCCCAUUGGAGGAGAAAUCACAAUAUACACCCGCGGGAUUAGAUAAGGGUCAAUUCAACGGUUACGUACCGGCGGGUCGCAGGAUCAUUGACCCUGAAACUGGAUUGAAGGACCACACGGAGAUUUACAAUAUUCCUAAAUUUAAUGGCUUCUUCCCCCAAGUACACCCACCCGUUGUGGCGGAUCAUAUCGAGGAAGUUGAAGAGUUUGCGAGGUCGUUACACACUGAGGUCUUGGACCCUCUGUAUGUGCUUUUGGCGACUGCAUUGGAACUCCCUGAGGAUUACUUCACCAAAAUCCACCAAUACGAGGUUAAGAGCGAGGACCACCUGAGAUACAUGAAGUAUUCGAAGUACACAGAAGAAGAAAACAAGAAGGUGAAAACCUGGUCGGUUGGCCAUACCGACCUUGGUAGUUUCACGCUCUUGUUCCGUCAACCAGUUGCAGCACUUCAGAUCCGUUACCACUCGACAAACGAGUGGAAAUGGGUGAAGCCUCAAGACGCCACGUUGACUGUCAAUGCCUGUGAUGCGUUGACGUUCUUGACUGGAGGAUACGUCAAGAGCACGAUCCAUCGAGUGACUGUCCCACCUAAAGACCAGCAACAUGUUGACCGUCUCGGUCUGUUGUACUUCUCCAGGCCUCACAACGACGUUAAGCUAUCCACCAUCAAGGAAUCCCCUGUUCUGCAACGCGAAGGGUAUACCCAGAACCAGUUCGAGGCUAGUGGCAACAAGGUGCCAACGAUGGAAGAAUGGACCUUUGCUAAACAAACAUGGCAGAGGACAAAAGGAUACCAAGACAACAUCGAAUACCGAACGGCCACCAUCCUUCCGGGUUUCAAGGAGAAAGUGUACGCAUAGUUUAACUGUAGAUAUAAAUUGUAUCAGAAUGAAAUUGUACACUUCGAACUUUCUUUUCGCGUUAUGCCUCCAUCGUACUUCCAAUUCAUAGACCCCCAGUACAUCACUUAUGCUGGGACAUUGCCUGUAGCGCCAAACUCAUACAUUUCUGUAUUUUUGGUAGUC